AUGACAGGGGAGAAUACCACAAAAUCUGUUACGAAUGAGGCCCGAAGACCCGAGUCCGUUCACAACAAACGGGAAGAAAAGCACGGAAACGGGGAUAAGAGCUUGAGGAAGAGGAACCGGCCAUCGUUUGUUUGCACCAAUUGUAGGAAGAAGAAAAUCAAAUGUGACAAGAAUAUGCCAUGCACCAAUUGUGUUAAAUCACAUCUCAUCAGCUCAUGUCAUUACAUGUACCCUUCCCUUCGGCAUCUAUUAGCCGCCACCGAUCACAGUAAUACGACCCCAACUCUUGACAAGUCAUUAUUACAGACUAGACCAUCUUCAAUUAGUUUGACUCCUCCUAUGGUAAGCACAAACGAAGAUGGCUUACAUAGUCUGGUCACAAAAAGUGAUGAUCUUUACCGACCAGGUACUUUCGAACACUCUAAUAGCAAAAUCUCGUUAGAGAAUGACGUUCAGGCAUUGAAGUCCAAAAUGGUUGUGCUUGAGCAGGUUCUCAAAGGCAAAAUUGGAGUGCCGGAUCGCGAAGCUCAAGAUCCUGAUAUUCAAAAGGACGCUCUAAUCUCGAUAUUUGUGAUUAAGUCAAAAAGACUAAAGUUGAACUGCUUACUACUCAAAAAAUCAAGAAUCUUGCACUUUGGAUUUGCCUCGAUCAGAACUACAAUAGCUCACAGGGGGGACCUCAGAUUCAUAUUCUUGCAAAUGAUCAAACAACUCGACCUCGAAAGAAAAUCAUGGAAGAAGAAGAAUGAUAUCCCGUCAAGUGUAAACGUUACCGGACUGGGUGAAAAUGCAGAUGACUUUUCAAAACUCAUUGAAUCUAAUCUGACCCAAUACUACGAGGCGAUGCUAGAGCGAAUUGACUACUUUGGCUUAGAGCUGAACGAUUUGCUGAUGGAUGGAUUGCUUGACAUUGUUCAAUUGAAAGGCUAUUUCCACUCCUUUUUUGUCCGCAAUGAUAUUGGAGAAGUUCAUUUUUCUCCCCCAGAAAAAGCAUACUUGUAUUCCAACUUGGCUUUGGUACUUGCGGUCGUAAAGCUGGCAGUCAUAUUUAGCGAUAAGCGAUCAAUCGGCGAUCAAACGGGUUAUUUAAAAAAUGAAAUGGACGAUGCAUCAAAUAUACUAAUCGCUUGUUGCAGUACCGCCUUGAAUUUGUCAAGGUUUCACCAGAAGCAGACCAUUACUGCAUUGGAAAGUGUCAUGUUGUUCCGACUAUGUUUGUUGCACAAUGAGGUAGGAGGAGAUGGGGGAGAUGCUGCAAAUUUAAUACCAUUUCUUCACACUGCGAUCUCGAUUGGACUUCAAGUUGGACUUCAUAGAUCGCUGUCUUGUAUCAACGGGAUAACAAGCAAAGAACCAUCUUCUGAUAGUUUGCCUUAUUCACAUGCUAUCUGGAAGAAACUUUGGGCUCAAUUGAAAUUCCUUGAUUCCAGUGGAUCCUUAAUUGUAGGAUCACCCCUGAUAAUAAAUGAUCUAUUCACCGACAAUGACAGCUAUUCUGAUAAAAUUGUUGCAGGUGUCGGUCCGGAACGAGAUCAGUUGGUUCAUGAGGCCACUGAUCUAUUCAGGGAAGCCACUAUUGUUCUCAAUUCUGUGCAACCGGUCUCUUUGAAUGAUAUUGUGGCAAUGGUAACCAAGCUCAUAGACUUAUUUAAGCGACUGGGCACAUUUCUGGAGCUUUUGAACAUUCCAAGAAGCGACUCUCUGAACACUAGUGCAUGGAAAUUAUCUAUGAAGUUGUUUCUUCUCGAGACGAUACAGGGAAUUUGCACAAACUUGAGACUGGCGAUAAAGAAUCAUAAAUUGCUGGAGGAACUCUUGGAGAACCGAAAGUUGCUUUUCAACGAAAUCAAGAUGCUCGAAUUCCUUGACAAGUCUAUCUUUGACAUCUCGAUGAAGAGUGCAAUACUUUCGAUGCUGGUUGUGAAGACGCUGUUCAAUACCAAAAAUGUGUUUUCCAGCAGAAAACAUUUGGUGUACCUCAAAUCUAUGAUGACUGGAUUACUCGUUCGAUGCUUUCUGACUUUUGCUUCGACUAUAAUGAGCGACAUGAGCGACACCAGAAUAAACAUGAAUGCUUCAUCCAUGAUCAAAAUUGAUUCCAUUGAUUAUAAUUCGCUGGAGGUCAGUAUUUGGGAAGCUUUUGAAGGAUCACCCGAUGCAUCAUCUGAACUUAUCGAGCAGUUUAGAGACCCAAAGCAGAUUGUCAGAUUCCUAUGUGAGUUUUAUCAAAGUAUUGUGAACAUUGAAGUUCUCAACUCUGAUUAUGACUUUUUUGUGAAUUAUAAGCUAUUGGUGAUCAUUUGUCUUUUCAUCGAUUCAACUAACAGGGUCUACGUGGAGCAGAGAAAUGACUCUCAUGAUUCAGGGGAGCGAGUCAAACUGGAUUUCGGAAAGGUACAAGAGAAGAUGCGUGAACUGAUAGCACAAAAUAUGAAAACUGGGGUAAUUGACAAAAGUUUUACAUUUCAUGAUGAAGAGGCUUUAGAUUUGUACGUUGACAACCUCUUUGGCACCGAGCUAUAUCCAAAUUGGUCGCAUGCUACGGCAGGUUUUGAGUCGCUAGAUGUGUCCAUGGAGGAUUUAAUGAUGAAGGUACAACCAGAUGGUACCCAGGGUAGGGAAGCCGAUAUCAUUGGAAACAUUUACGGCUCUAAACCUUCAGAUGUGAACUUCGACUCUUACGACUUCCAAACGUUCUUUUAG